AUGCCGAGGCGCCGCUUGCGGCAGAAGACGGACACGGGGUACGCGGUGCCGUCUCCCCCAGUCCCGUCCGCAGGCGUGGACGCCGAGGCCGUCGAAACCAAAGCCAUCCGGGACGCCUUGAAGGCCGUCUUAGUAGGCAAGGACUUGAAACACAUUUCGUUGCGUGAGUGUCGCCGCCAGGUCGCUUUGAAACUCGGUUUGCAAGAGCUUGCUUUGGACCAACGCAAGCACGAGUUCAAGAGCCUGACAACCGAGGUCGUUUCGGAAACGCAGCCCGACCAGGACGCCGCGUCGCCUCUGGAGACCGUGUUGGCUGAGGCCGAGAAGCUGGACUCGUUGCAGUGGGUCUACUUGGUGACCAUAUCGCGCGUCCUGGACGCGACCCUUCCCGACGGCCGCCAGUACCGCGAUCUUGGCACGAUGAGCCGGGAGGACAUCGGACAAGCAGUGGCCGACGCGUUCAACAAUCCGAUUCCGACUGGGUCCGCGGGCGGCCGCCUUAGGAAGGAACCGGACGGCCAAGCGCUCGUGCCCAUGGCGGUGGUGUUCCAGGAGAAGCACAAAGACGGCGCGAUCCAUUUCCACGUUGCUGUGAAGCUGACUAGGUCGGGCCGUUUCCAGCAGGCCAAGCGCACUCUGCGUGAGCGCCAUUUGUUGCCGAGCCAUUUCUCUGGUUCCCACCGGCGAAUGUGGAGCGCCGUGAGGUACGGGUAUAUGGAGACCCCAGCCAAACCAGAUGUCGACGACGCCCCGUGGGUGUGGCAGCCAGACUGGGCCGGGUUCGCGCGCGAGAACGACGCCAUCGACCUCUUCGAGAUGUCGCAGGAGCCAUACAUGGCAGGCGUGUGGGUGAAGCGCCGGGAGGCCACGGACAAGGCGGCCGGGGCGAUGGGCACGAAGACGACGUUCGACCUCGUAGACUUGACCUCGACCAUCAUCGCCAAGCACUUGUGGACGAAGGGCAGCCUGAUGGCGUACGUCCAGGACCGCGGGACGAAGGCCAUGCAGCGGUUCGUCCGCAGCCGAGUGCGCAAGCUGACGGCGGACCUUGAGGAGACGAAGGAGUGGGCGUCUGCCCGCGAGAACGCGGCCUUCGAGGCGGUGGACGAUUGGACGCUCGUGUGCCGCUGCGCUGAGGAGACAUGUCCCCAUGGCCCGGCGUGCUCGUACAGGUCAGCCGUGGAGACCAUCUUCUCCCGCAACGCCGCUUCUUUCGACGUUCGGGAGCUCGCGGCGUCUCUGCGGGACAUUCUGAUGGUCGGCCCGAAGAAGACGACGAGGGUGCCCUUCCUGGUGGGGCCGUCGAAUUCCGGGAAGAGCACGGUAGUUUACCCUUUCGACGACUUGUUCACUCCGAAACGGGUUCUGCACAAGCCUGCCUUGGGCUCCUCCUUUGGACUCCGGAACCUGGCCAGCGGCACGAAGCGGUUCAUCUUCUGGGGCGACUUCCGGCCGGUUGAGUUCGCCCACGAGAAGACCGCCCCCGUCUCUUUGUUCCUGUCUCUGUUCGUCGGCCAGCACACCGAGAUCCAGGUUUCCCAGUCCUUCAACGACGGGAACAAGGACGUCUGCUGGAACCACGGCGCCGUUUUCACGGGCAAGCUGGAGGGCCUCUGGGAGACGACGAAUAAGGUGGGUGCGGAGGACAUCCGGCACAUGCAGAACCGCGUGAGGCAGUUCCCAUUCACCUCCGUCUUGUCGGACGGCUCUUUGCAGGACGUACUCUCGUGUGCUCCGUGCAUGACCGCGUGGAUCGUCCGGGAGGCGGCAAAGUUCGACGCCGUCGGCGUUUUCCGCCCGGCGCCCGCUGCGCCGGUCGGGGCAGACGCGGGCGUGCCGCCUGUGAGCGGCUUCGACGACCUCAUGUCCGACGCGCGCAUACCCCGCGCGCAGGCAGACGCCUUGCUGGCGGAUGUCCGCGCGAUGGGUGCGGUUGCCGUGGACGAGGUGCUCCCCGCGGACUGGAUGGCGCCCCACCUCAGCAAGAGGGAGCUCGACCGCUGCUUCUCGCUCUACGCCGCUGGGAAGACCCCGGUGGAGAUACGCGACCUCGUUAGUCGGACCCGUGAGUCCCUCGACGAGACUGGGCCGGAUUUGACGACCGUCCGCCGGGCCCUCCGGGGCGCCGCGCACAGGCGUGGCCCAGCGGAGACUCGCGGCCGCAAGCCCAAGCUCACGGCCGUCAAGCUCCGCGCCUUGAACAACGCGCGGGUUCGUUUGAUUCGGGCGGCCAAGGGCGAGGCCGAGGUUCACCUCAAGGACGUGAUGAAGGCCGCGCGGGUCUCCGACGUCCACAAGGGCACGGCCUCCAGGCACUUCAAGCGCCUCGGGGUCACCUGGCGCGCUCCCCGCGCGGAGCCGCUCCGCGGCUCCGCGGAGGCGGAGGAGCGCGUGGCGGCGCGUUCGGGGUGGAAGCGGCUCCCGGGCAACUAUUUCACGCACCAGGUCGAUGCCAUCAUCGACAAUAAGGUGUUCCCCAUCCCCAUGACCAAGCGGGCGAAGACGCACGCAAAGAAGAGUCGCGUUCGCGGCCACCUUCGCACCAAGGCAGAGGGGGUCCUCAAGCCUUUCACGAAGCCGAAGGGGAACCGGAACAGGGUGAACCCAGGCGCCAAGGGGCGCCGCGCCUUCCGCAUCCUGGAGGAUAACGACCCCACGGGGUACAAGAGCAAGAAGGCCGUUGACUGCAAGCGGCGGGGUCUCAAGAUCACCCCCAUCAAGUUCCCCAAAUAUUCCCCGGACUUGAACCCCCUCGACUACUUCCUCUGGGCGGAGGUCAACCGGCGAAUGGCAGAGCAGAGCGCGCCGGCCAACGAGUCUCAGAGCGCUUACAAGGCGCGCCUCAGGCGCGUCGCCAUGAGCAUCCCGAAGAGCGUCAUCAGGGCAGCCGUGGCUAAGAUGAAGACGAAGGCGGCGGGGGUCGUCGUGGCCGAGGGAGGCCCGCGCGGGACACAGCCUGCGUAUCAUUGCGGCUUCAUGUCGUUUGCACGUGUGUCCAGAACAUCGUGCAACGCGUUGCCCGCGCGUCUGAUGGCGUACGUCCAGGACCGCGGGACGAAGACCAUGCAGCGGUUCGUCCGCAGCCGAGUGCGCAAGCUGACGGCGGACCUUGAGGAGACGAAGGAGUGGGCGUCUGCCCGCGAGAACGCGGCCUUCGAGGCGGUGGACGAUUGGACGCACGUGUGCCGCUGCGCUGAGGAGACAUGUCCCCAUGGCCCGGCGUGCUCGUACAGGUCAGCCGUGGAGACCUUCUUCUCCCGCAGCGCCGCUUCUUUCGACGUUCGGGAGCUCGCGGCGUCUCUGCGGGACAUUCUGAUGGUCGGCCCGAAGAAGACGACGAGGGUGCCCUUCCUGGUGGGGCCGUCGAAUUCCGGGAAGAGCACGGUGGUUUACCCUUUCGACGACUUGUUCACGACGCACCGAAACGGGUUCCUGCACAGAUCCCAGGUUUCCCAGACCUUCAACGACGGGAACAAGGACAUCCGGCACAUGCAGAACCGCGCGAGGCAGUUCCCAUUCACCUCCGUCUUGUCGGACGGCUCUUUGCAAGACGUACUCUCGUGUGCCCCGUGCAUGACCGCGUGGAUCGUCCGGGAGGCGGCAAAGUUCGACGCCGUCGGCGUUUUCCGCUCGGCGCCCGCUGCGCCGGUCGGGGCAGACGCGGGCGUGCCGCCUGCGAGCGGCUUCGACGACCUCAUGUCCGACGCGCGCAUACCCCGCGCGCAGGCAGACGCCUUGCUGGCGGAUGUCCGCGCGAUGGGCGCGGUUGCCGUGGACGAGGUGCUCCCCGCGGACUGGGUCCGUUUGAAUUCGUGGGCCUUGCUGCAGGCCCGCGCGGGUCGCGAGCGCGGGUCGUGGGCGAAGUUCGCCGUGUUCGGGUCGCUGGUCGGAAUAGCACCCUCGCCGUCGCGCUGGACUCUGCGCGCCCCUUGUAAGGAUUGCCCGGCGCGGAGGCGCUUCGGCUCAAGCCGUUCUUAUUUAAUGGGCUCUGAGGUGCUCUCAGGCUUUGAAGUGGUGCUCACAGCCGUCCUGGUGCUCAUGGCCAUUGGCGUGGACGCCGAUGCCGUCGAAACCAAAGCCAUCCGGGACGCCUUGAAGGCCGUCUUAGUAGGCAAGGACUUGAAACACAUUUCGUUGCGUGAGUGUCGCCGCCAGGUCGCUUUGAAACUCGGUUUGCAAGAGCAUGCUUUGGACCAACGCAAGCACGAGUUCAAGAGCCUGACAACCGAGGUCGUUUCGGAAACGCAGCCCGACCAGGACGCCGCGUCGCCUCUGGAGACCGUGUUGGCUGAGGCCGAGAAGCUGGACUCGUUGCAGUGGGUAUACUUGGUGACCAUAUCGCGCGUCCUAGACGCGACCCUUCCCGACGGCCGCCAGUACCGCGAUCUUGGCACGAUGAGCCGGGAGGACAUCGGAAAAGCAGUGGCCGACGCAUUCAACAAUCCGAUUCCGACUGGGUCCGCGGGCGGCCGCACUAGGCAGGAACCGGACGGCCAAGCGCUCGUGUCCAUGGCGGUGGUGUUCCAGGAGAAGCACAAAGACGGCGCGAUCCAUUUCCACGUUGCUGUGAAGCUGAUUAGGUCGGGCCGUUUCCAGCAGGCCAAGCGCACUCUGCGCGAGCGCCAUUUGUUGCCGAGCCAUUUCUCUGGUUCCCACCAGCGAAUGUGGAGCGCCGUGAGGUACGGGUAUAUGGAGACCCCAGCCAAACCAGAUGUCGACGACGCCCCGUGGGUGUGGCAGCCAGACUGGGCCGGGUUCGCGCGCGAGAACGACGCCAUCGACCUCUUCGAGAAGUCGCAGGAGCCAUACAUGGCAGGCGUGCGGGUGAAGCGCCGGGAGGCCACGGACAAGGCGGCCGGGGCCGUCGGGGGGGUGCUCGUACAGUCAGCCGUGGAGACCAUCUUCUCCCGCAGCGCCGCUUCUUUCGACGUUCGGGAGCUCGCGGCGUCUCUGCGGGACAUUCUGAUGGUCGGCCCGAAGAUGACGACGAGGGUGCCCUUCCUGGUGGGGCCGUCGAAUUCCGGGAAGAGCACGGUAGUUUACCCUUUCGACGACUUGUUCACUCCGAAACGGGUUCUGCACAGGCCUGCCUUGGGCUCCCCUUUUGGACUCCGGAACCUGGCCAGCGGCACGAAGCGGUUCAUCUUCUGGGACGACUUCCGGCCGGGUGAGUUCGCCCACGAGAAGACCGUCCCCGUCUCUUUGUUCCUGUCUCUGUUCGUCGGCCAGCACACCGAGAUCCAGGUUUCCCAGUCCUUCAACGACGGGAACAAGGACGCCUGCUGGAACCACGGCGCCGUUUUCACGGGCAAGCUGGAGGGCCUCUGGGAGACGACGAAUAAGGUGGGUGCGGAGGACAUCCGGCACAUGCAGAACCGCGCGAGGCAGUUCCCAUUCACCUCCGUCUUGUCGGACGGCUCUUUGCAGGACGUACUCUCGUGUGCUCCGUGCAUGACCGCGUGGAUCGUCCGGGAGGCGGCAAAGUUCGAGGCCGUCGGCGUUUUCCGCCCGGCGCCCGCUGCGCCGGUCGGGGCAGACGCGGGCGUGCCGCCUGUGAGCGGCUUCGACGACCUCAUGUCCGACGCGCGCAUACCCCGCGCGCAGGCAGACGCCUUGCUGGCGGAUGUCCGCGCGAUGGGUGCGGUUGCCGUGGACGAGGUGCUCCCCGCGGACUGGAUGGCGCCCCACCUCAGCAAGAGGGAGCUCGACCUCUGCUUCUCGCUCUACGCCGCUGGGAAGACCCCGGUGGAGAUACGCGACCUCGUUAGUCGGACCCGUGAGUCCCUCGACGAGACUGGGCCGGAUUUGACGACCAUCCGCCGGGCCCUCCGGGGCGCCACGCACAGGCGUGGCCCAGCGGAGACUCGCGGCCGCAAGCCCAAGCUCACGGCCGUCAAGCUCCGCGCCUUGAACAACGCGCGGGUUCGUUUGAUUCGGGCGGCCAAGGGCGAGGCCGAGGUUCACCUCAAGGACGUGAUGAAGGCCGCGCGGGUCUCCGACGUCCACAAGGGCACGGCCUCCAGGCACUUCAAGCGCCUCGGGGUCACCUGGCGCGCUCCCCGCGCGGAGCCGCUCCGCGGCUCCGCGGAGGCGGAGGAGCGCGUGGCCGUGCGUUCGGGGUGGAAGCGGCUCCCGGGCAACUAUUUCACGCACCAGGUCGAUGCCAUCGUCGACAAUAAGGUGUUCCCCAUCCCCAUGACCAAGCGGGCGAAGACGCACGCAAAGAAGAGUCGCGUUCGCGGCCACCUUCGCACCAAGGCAGAGGGGGUCCUCAAGCCUUUCACGAAGCCGAAGGGGAACCGGAACAGGGUGAACCCAGGCGCCAAGGUUCACGUGGCCGCAGCCAUCGUGAACAACAAGGUCCGCGUCUGGCACUACCUGCCCACCCUGUGGUGCGCCGACGCAGCCUGCGAUUUCUACGCGGGCGUCCUCGCUCCCGCGCUUCGCCGCUGCCGGAAGGGGCGCCGCGCCUUCCGCAUCCUGGAGGAUAACGACCCCACGGGGUACAAGAGCAAGAAGGCCGUUGACUGCAAGCGGCCCCCUUACUUGGCGCGCCACCGCGGCGGCCGCGAGUUCGAGUCGGGCCCCGUCUGGCGGGGUCUCAAGAUCACCCCCAUCAAGUUCCCCAAGUAUUCCCCGGACUUGAACCCCCUCGACUACGUCCUCUGGGCGGAGGUCAACCGGCGAAUGGCAGAGCAGAGCGCGCCGGCCAACGAGUCUCAGAGCGCUUACAAGGCGCGCCUCAGGCGCGUCGCCAUGGGCAUCCCGAAGAGCGUCAUCAGGGCAGCCGUGGCUAAGAUGAAGACGAAGGCGGCAGAGGACCGCGGGACGAAGACCAUGCAGCGGUUCGUCCGCAGCCGAGUGCGCAAGCUGACGGCGGACCUUGAGGAGACGAAGGAGUGGGCGUCUGCCCGCGAGAACGCGGCCUUCGAGGCGGUGGACGAUUGGACGCUCGUGUGCCGCUGCAUUGAGGAGACAUGUCCCCAUGGCCCGGCGUGCUCGUACAGGUCAGCCGUGGAGACCAUCUUCUCCCGCAACGCCGCUUCUUUCGACGUUCGGGAGCUCGCGGCGUCUCUGCGGGACAUUCUGAUGGUCGGCCCGAAGAAGACGACGAGGGUGCCCUUCCUGGUGGGGCCGUCGAAUUCCGGGAAGAGCACGGUGGUUUACCCUUUCGACGACUUGUUCACUCCGAAACGGGUUCUGCACAAGCCUGCCUUGGGCUCCUCCUUUGGACUCCGGAACCUGGCCAGCGGCACGAAGCGGUUCAUCUUCUGGGACGACUUCCGGCCGGUUGAGUUCGCCCACGAGAAGACCGUCCCCGUCUCUUUGUUCUUGUCUCUGUUCGUCGGCCAGCACACCGAGAUCCAGGUUUCCCAGUCCUUCAACGACGGGAACAAGGACGUCUGCUGGAACCACGGCGCCGUUUUCACGGGCAAGCUGGAGGGCCUCUGGGGGACGACGAAUAAGGUGGGUGCGGAGGACAUCCGGCACAUGCAGAACCGCGCGAGGCAGUUCCCAUUCACUUCCGUCUUGUCGGACGGCUCUUUGCAGGACGUACUCUCGUGUGCUCCGUGCAUGACCGCGUGGAUCGUCCGGGAGGCGGCAAAGUCCGACGCCGUCGGCGUUUUCCGCCCGGCGCCCGCUGCGCCGGUCGGGGCAGACGCGGGCGUGCCGCCUGUGAGCGGCUUCGACGACCUCAUGUCCGACGCGCACAGGCAGACGCCUUGCUGGCGGAUGUCCGCGCGAUGGGUGCGGUUGCCGUGGACGAGGCGCUUCGGCUCAAGCCGUUCUUACUUAAUGGGCUCUGAGGUGCUCUCAGGCUUUGAAGUGGUGCUCACAGCCGUCCUGGUGCUCAUGGCCAUUGGCGUGGACGCCGAGGCCGUCGAAACCAAAGCCAUCCGGGACGCCUUGAAGGCCGUCUUAGUAGGCAAGGACUUGAAACACAUUUCGUUGCGCGAGCGUCGCCGCCAGGUCGCUUUGAAACUCGGUUUGCAAGAGCAUGCUUUGGACCAACGCAAGCACGAGUUCAAGAGCCUGACAACCGAGGUCGUUUCGGAAACGCAGCCCGACCAGGACGCCGCGUCGCCUCUGGAGACCGUGUUGGCUGAGGCCGAGAAGCUGGACUCGUUGCAGUGGGUCUACUUGGUGACCAUAUCGCGCGCCCUGGACGCGACCCUUCCCGACGGCCGCCAGCACCGCGAUCUUGGCACGAUGAGCCGGGAGGACAUCGGAAAAGCAGUGGCCGACGCAUUCAACAAUCCGAUUCCGACUGGGUCCGCGGGCGGCCGCCCUCGGAAGGAACCGGACGGCCAAGCGCUCGUGUCCAUGGCGGUGGUGUUCCAGGAGAAGCACAAAGACGGCGCGAUCCAUUUCCACGUUGCUGUGAAGCUGACUAGGUCGGGCCGUUUCCAGCAGGCCAAGCGCACUCUGCGUGAGCGCCAUUUGUUGCCGAGCCAUUUCUCUGGUUCCCACCAGCGAAUGUGGAGCGCCGUGAGGUACGGGUAUAUGGAGACCCCAGCCAAACCAGAUGUCGACGACGCCCCGUGGGUGUGGCAGCCAGACUGGGCCGGGUUCGCGCGCGAGAACGACGCCAUCGACCUCUUCGAGAUGUCGCAGGAGCCAUACAUGGCAGGCGUGUGGGUGAAGCGCCGGGAGGCCACGGACAAGGCGGCCGGGGCGAUGGGCACGAAGACGACGUUCGACCUCGUAGACUUGACCUCGACCAUCAUCGCCAAGCACUUGUGGGCGAAGGGCAGCCUGAUGGCGUACGCCCAGGACCGCGGGACGAAGGCCAUGCAGCGGUUCGUCCGCAGCCGAGCGCGCAAGCUGACGGCGGACCUUGAGGAGACGAAGGAGUGGGCGUCUGCCCGCGAGAACGCGGCCUUCGAGGCGGUGGGCGAUUGGACGCUCGUGUGCCGCUGCGCUGAGGAGACAUGUCCCCAUGGCCCGGCGUGCUCGUACAGGUCAGCCGUGGAGACCAUCUUCUCCCGCAACGCCGCUUCUUUCGACGUUCGGGAGCUCGCGGCGUCUCUGCGGGACAUUCUGAUGGUCGGCCCGAAGAAGACGACGAGGGUGCCCUUCCUGGUGGGGCCGUCGAAUUCCGGGAAGAGCACGGUAGUUUACCCUUUCGACGACUUGUUCACUCCGAAACGGGUUCUGCACAAGCCUGCCUUGGGCUCCUCCUUUGGACUCCGGAACCUGGCCAGCGGCACGAAGCGGUUCAUCUUCUGGGGCGACUUCCGGCCGGUUGAGUUCGCCCACGAGAAGACCGUCCCCGUCUCUUUGUUCCUGUCUCUGUUCGUCGGCCAGCACACCGAGAUCCAGGUUUCCCAGUCCUUCAACGACGGGAACAAGGACGUCUGCUGGAACCACGGCGCCGCUUUCACGGGCAAGCUGGAGGGCCUCUGGGAGACGGCGAAUAAGGUGGGUGCGGAGGACAUCCGGCACAUGCAGAAACGCGUGAGGCAGUUCCAAUUCACCUCCGUCUUGUCGGACGGCUCUUUGCAGGACGUACUCUCGUGUGCUCCGUGCGUGGCCGCGUGGAUCGUCCGGGAGGCGGCAAAGUUCGACGCCGUCGGCGUUUCCCGCCCGGCGCCCGCUGCGCCGGUCGGGGCAGACGCGGGCGCGCCGCCUGUGAGCGGCUUCGACGACCUCAUGUCCGACGCGCGCAUACCCCGCGCGCAGGCAGACGCCUUGCUGGCGGAUGUCCGCGCGAUGGGUGCGGUUGCCGUGGACGAGGUGCUCCCCGCGGACUGGGUCCGUCUGAAUUCGUGGGCCUUGCUGCUCCCGCUCCAGAAGUGCUGGUGGCUGGUCGUGCUGGUGGUCGUGCUGGUGGUCGUGCUGGUGGUCGUGCUGGUGCUUGUGCUGGUGGUCGUGCUGGCGGUCGUGUUGGUGGCCGUUCUGGUGGAGGUGCUGGUGGUCGUGCUGGUGAUCGUGCUGGUGGAGGGGGAAAGGAGGCGGGACAGGAGAAAGUGGAGGUGA